AUGGCGGAUGCCCAGGGCAACCACACAAAGCCAAUCCCGGCCUUCUAUUGUUGCUAUCUACUUCGGUCCACCGUGAAGCCGAAGUCGAUGUACAUUGGCUCGACACCUCAUCCUGCUCGGCGUCUCGCCCAGCAUAAUGGUCUCGCCAAAGGAGGCGCGCGCAAAACCGCAAAUGACAAGAGACCCUGGGAAAUGGUUGUCAUCGUCGAGGGAUUCACAAGCCGCAUUGCUGCGCUGCAGUUUGAAUGGGCGUGGCAGCACCAGAAAAAUUCUCGCCACCAUGUUGACUCGGACGACGAGAAGGCCAAAACUUCGUCCAAGGGUGGUCUCGACUCUGGCAAAACAACGAAGGUCCGCCGCUCCCAUGUUCUCAAAGUAUCGCUGAGCGCUCGUUUGGGCACCCUGCAUACACUGCUUCGAUCAAAUCUUUUUUCAGGCUGGCCUCUUAAGGUCCGAUACUUUGCUGCCGACGUCUACAAGGCGUGGCAAGGCUGGUGUGACCGUGUAGAUGGUUUUCUGCCAGACCAUGUGGCGGUCAUCCCCGACGGCGAUUGCCCUGAGGCGUACAGGCCGCAUAACUCCAGUGACCCCAGAGUAGGAGCCAUCCAUUGCAUCAAGCCUGAUUACAAGCGAUUUCAAGAUUAUGCGGAGAAGGCGGCAGUUCUACUUAAUAAUCCCGGGAUCCUAUGCAAAAUCUGUGAGCUAUCGGUCGUUCCGGACACUGAAAUGGUGGUUGUUUGUUCAGAAACUAAAUGCGACUGCGUCACUCAUCUAACGUGUCUAUCAAAUCAAUUUCUAGAUUCUGCUAAUGACCCGGACCUUUUGGUGCCCCGUUCUGGUCCAUGUCCCGCAUGCUACAAAACUGUCCAAUGGCCUUUAAUGAUGCAAGAAUUGACCCUUCGGAAACGCGGUGGAAACCAAUGGCAGAAGAUUCUCCCAAAGAAGAAAAAAGAAACGAAAAGAACCAAUACCGCUGCCAAGCCGAGGACCAAAAAAGGCCAGAGAGCCGCCAGUGAAUGUUUGCCUGGAGCGACUGAACCCGCAGAUCAUCAGGCAAAUGACGACUUAGAUGAAGAUGCGCAGGAUGAUGUGUCCUUAGAUGAGAACUGGAGUGAUCUUCUAGACUUCGAAUCGGAUUCCGAGCGUGAAGAUCCGCCUGGAUCCCAGCAGGUAUCUGAAAGGGUCGAAAUAGUCAUCAAAGAUAGCGACGAUGAUGAGGAAGAGGUCUUCGCAUGA